CCCCUGGAACGACAACGUGAGAGGAGGAGAAAUAUCUCGAAAAGGCAUCAGACGACAACAAAGCAGUGGCAAAUGGGAGACGCGGUCUGGCGAUGCUCCUGUCAUGUGCAGGAUGCGAGAAACCGAUAAUGGAUCAGCGUGCAUGGCACGUCGAGUGCGUGCGCUGUUUCGACUGCAGAGCCGCGUUGCAGGACAAGUGCUUCUCCAGGGAGGCGAAGCUCUUCUGCAGAAACGACUUCUUCAGGCGAUACGGCACCAAGUGCGGCGGUUGCCUCCAAGGGAUAAACCCGCAGGACCUUGUGAGGAAAGCGAGGGACAAAGUUUUCCACCUGAAUUGCUUCACCUGCCUGGUGUGUCGGAAGCAGAUGAGCACGGGCGAGGAGCUCUACGUCUUGGACGACAACAAGUUCGUUUGCAAGCAAGACUACCUGUCGGGCAAACCGCUGCCGGACACGCAUCACGUGCACGGUCAUCACGAACCGUCCAACCUGUCGGCAGGCGGAGACUCGCUGAUGGGCCCCGGAACGGAAGAACAGGACGCGGACGGGGCCGUACGUGGUGCUCAUCUCGGGACCCACAACAUUGGCCCGGGUGGUCCUGGUGACCAGACCGUCGGCCACGGUGGCGAACUACCUCUCGGUAGCGAUCCCUGCAAGCAGGAGGACUCCGAGGAUCAAGGUUCCCUGGACGGCGAUCCCGAGACGAGGGACAGCCAGACGGAGAACAAGAGCCCGGACGGCGGCGCCGGCGGUGGCAGCGGCGACGGCGGCGCCGGUUCGAAGCGACGCGGCCCACGAACCACUAUAAAGGCGAAACAAUUGGAGAUCUUGAAGACGGCCUUCUCGUCGACUCCAAAGCCCACUAGGCACAUUAGGGAGCAAUUGGCGAAAGAAACCGGCCUGCCCAUGAGAGUCAUACAGGUCUGGUUCCAGAACAAGAGGAGCAAGGAGCGCAGGCUGAAGCAGCUGACGUCGAUGGGCAGGAACCCCUUCUUCGGGGGCUCGCGCAAGAUGCGCGGGUUCCCGCUGAAUCUGAAUCCAGGCGCCCUCGGAGGCGAGGAUGGACCACCGCCCGGUUUCCCGUAUUUUGGCCCGGACAAGUUCGAAUUCGGUUACGGCGGUCCGGUGGCCUUCCAUCACGAGUUCUUCGGCGCGCAUCCACCCCCGCAUCCGCACGGACCGCACUUUGCCGGUACGGGAAAUCCAGUACGUAAUCUGUUUCUGACAGGCUUGGACCCGGCCAGUUUAGCGGGCAUGGCAGCCGCAGUGGCGGUGGCAGGGGAAUACCCACCUCCGGGCGCGGGGGGCGGCCCUCCGGAAUUUCUCACGGGGCCCCCCGGACAGGGGCCCCCUGCGCCCACCGGCGGCAGCCCCGGAGAGUUCCUGGCACCUUCAGGUAAGAGGGAAAUAUCCCCUCCGAACCAUUACCACCGAAAAUCGGCCGAAUCGCGAUCGCCGAUCUACCUUGGGUCUGCCCGCGAGCGGACUUUAUGUUUGCGCUCGCGCCGAUUUAUUAGUGUUGUUUUCGCGAUGCGGCGGCAACCAUUAACUCGUAAGCGCUUGAAGGAGAUCGACCUGCUUCUCGCACCAAAGAAUAAUAUUCCGCACGGAUCGUUUCUUUACAGACGUCGACGAUCAGAUAUAGAUAACGGUAGACGGCUACAAGAAACCGUCAAGAAACGGAAGUUAAUAAGAUUAUCAAUGACAGAAUGUUAUUCGGCGUGUCACUGUCAUCACCACGAUUUCAAUAGCAUUAUCCUAAUGAGCUGCGACGUGAUACUUCGCUGUGGAUUCGAUACACGUAUCGAGAGAACAGAGAAAGUCACCGAAGACAGUUUAUCAUAUCUGUUAGUAGCGCGCGGCAUCAGAUCGCACCUUUAA